CGCCUGGCUCCUCCUGACCUUCAGCGAACAUGACGCCGCUCUCCCUGUUGGCUCUCCUGCUGAGUUGGACCGGCUCCUCGGGUGGACACAGGCUGGAGGGGCAGCAGUUCCUGCUCAUCGAGGAAGCAGAGGAAGUCCAGUUCAUCGGCAAGCUCCAGUCGGACCAGGACCCCGGUGACGGCAGCAUCGAGUAUCUUCUGUCCGGCGAAGGAGCGGGCGACCUUUUCACGCUGGACCCACACACCGGUGACCUCUUCGCCAGCCGCCCUCUGGACCGGGAGGAAAAGGCCGUCUACCGCCUGGCGUUCACCGUCAUUGAGCGGCGGACGGAUCGAGUGGUGCAGCCGGAGAGAGCCAUCACUGUGCUCCUCAGAGACGUCAAUGAUCACGCGCCGGUCUUCAGCCAAGACUCCUACCUCGCAGCUGUUCCGGAGAACUCCAACUGGGGUGCGUCAGUGGUCCAGCUCAGCGCCUCCGAUGCAGACGAGGGCCUGAAUGCUCAGAUCCACUACGACUUCCAAGGAGAACACGAAUAUUUCAGCCUGGAUCAUGAGACUGGCCUGAUCCGGACGGCGUCCAUCUUUCCUGGUGACCUGGACCGCGAGCGGAGGGAGAGCCACCACCUGGUGGUGGUGGCCACAGACAGGGCGGGGCUGAGCGGCGGCCUCACCGCCACCACCCAGGUCUCGGUCACGCUCACUGACGUCAACGACAACCCGCCUCGCUUCGCUCAGGAUGUGUUCCAGUUCCACGUCCGGGAGUCUGUCCAGCCCGGGAGCACAGUGGGCAGACUGAGGGCGGUCGACCCUGACCUCGGGAAGAACGCGGAGAUGAAGUUCUCCAUCGUCGGCGGGAGCAGCGUGUUUGAGGUCCUCACAGACCAGGACACUCAGGAGGGCGUCAUCCUGGUUCGCAAGCCUCUGGACUACGAGACACGCUCUUCGUACAGAGUCGACCUUCAGGUGGAGAACACUCAGGUGCCCCCGGGCUGUGAGCCGCAGCACACGCCAGACCUCGCCCUGGUGGAGAUCUUCCUGGAAAAUGAGGUGGAAGCCCCCGUUUUUGACAAGGAUUGGUACCGUAUGGAGGUGAAGGAGGACGCCGCGGUCGGCACGAUGGUCGGCGCUGUGCACGCCAGCGACCCCGACGGACCUCAGAGCCCCAUCAGGUACUUCAUCAACUGGGACACAGACCGGAAGUUUGACAUCGACGAAGCCACCGGGAGCAUCACGGUGGUCGGCAGCUUGGACCGAGAGGCGUCGGCCUGCCACAACUUCUCAGUCACCGCCACCAAACUCGAUGUCGCUCUUCCCAGCCGUGCGACUGUCAGCAUCUGUCUGCUGGAUGUCAACGACAACGCCCCCGUGUUGGUGGUGGAGGGCGCCCCGUUUGUCUGUGAGGGCUUCCAGGCGGCUGGUCAGCUGAUCCAGGUAGUCUCAGCUGUUGACCCCGACGACCCCCCGAGUGGAGACAAGUUCUCCUACAGCAUGGCCUCCCACACCGGCCCGUUCACCGUGCAGGACAGUGGAGCGACCUUCUCCAUUCCAGACAACACGGCGAGGAUCCUGACCCAGCAAGCCACACUGGACCGCUCUCACCAAAGAGUCCACCUGGUUCCAGUCGUGGUCAGUGACGGCGAGGUCCCCAUGCAGUGGAGCACCGGGACCGUGACUGUGAAGGUCUGCAGCUGCAGCCACGGAGGCCACUGCAGCAGCAGUGAGGUGCUGUCCUGGAGUCCAGCGACGCUUCUCUGGUGUUUGGUCGCCAUCGCCCUGUUCUUCAUCGCACUGCUGGGCAAGGUCCUGGUGCAGACCCUGAAGGAGACACCAGUGCCAGUCAUCGUCCAGCGGCUCCUGAGAAGGAGGGAGGCGCUCACCCGGGACACAGCGUUAGCAGAAAGCACUGUUGCGACGCACGUGGUGUCUCCCACCAGCGGACCUUCUUCUCACUUACCAGUUAAAAAGUUGAGCUCAACACUGGGAGAGCGCCACCGCCUGGUAUGGACUCAUCCUGGCUGUUGAUCAAACCUGCGAGCUUCCAGCCUGGAGAUCUGGGCCACCUGGUGGGAAAAGUAUUGAGGGAGACGCUGUAGAUCAGGCUGCACACCGUGACACGUGUUCCUGACAAUGAUAAAGGUGUUUAUUGUUGACAAAGCACGUUUUCUUCACCACGAUGGAACUCUAAUGUAUGCACCCAGUCAUCUUGGGCACUUGCAUGUCACAUGACCUCAUGGGCGUCUGCUCUGGCACCAUCUUGAGCUUCAGCGUCGAGCUCUGGUUCGUCUGGCGACUUGACCAAGUGUUGCUGAGCAGCUAAAUGAGAUCUUCCUUUCUUCUGCAGCAGCUUCCUCUGCGAGUGUUGACACAACAUCCUCUUCACCCCACAAAAACACACCACUCCACGAUAUCCAAGAGCAAAUUUAAUACAAAUGUCGAGGGCAAAACAUGUGGCAGCGAAUCGGGGCAAAGAAACCCACCUUUUCCACAACUGUGUCUCACACUGGUAUAAAGCACUUUUUAAAUUUUUUUUCUUUUCUUACGACAACAAAAUCGCCUUCUGCUUCAUACAAAGAGGAAAAAAAACAUUUUUUGCUUUGAACUAUAUUACAGCUUUUAAAUAUAAAAGAAAAGGAAACAAAACAAAGUUGUGUUCAACUUCACUGGCAGCAUCGUGGCGGGGUCAUAAAACAGCAGCGCUCUUCAACAGAACUGGAAAGGAGAAGAACAAAGUCAGGAGAGUGAAGUCCGAGCAAGACACGUACGUGAGGACCUGAACUCACCUUCCAGCGGUCGCCACAGCCGUUGCACACGACGAAGGUGGUCAUGGGCUCAUCCGCGCUGCGAGUUUGCACCUUCAACACACAGGCAGCCAGUAAAUGCAAUGUGAGUCUGUGUUUGUUUGUCAUUGUGGGGACCAAUUCUUGACUAAACACCU